UUUUCUGUCUGCAGUUGAAUUCUUGCCACCAGAAUGGGGAAACAGAACAGCAAGCUGCGCCCAGAGGUCAUGCAGGACUUGCUGGAAAGCACAGACUUUACAGAGCACGAGAUCCAGGAAUGGUACAAAGGCUUCUUGAGAGACUGCCCCAGCGGACAUUUGUCAAUGGAAGAGUUUAAGAAAAUAUACGGGAACUUUUUCCCUUAUGGGGAUGCCUCCAAAUUUGCAGAGCAUGUCUUCCGUACCUUCGAUGCAAAUGGAGAUGGGACAAUAGACUUUAGAGAAUUCAUCAUAGCCCUGAGUGUGACAUCGAGGGGGAAGCUGGAGCAGAAGCUGAAAUGGGCCUUCAGCAUGUACGACCUGGAUGGCAACGGCUACAUCAGCAAGGCGGAGAUGCUGGAGAUUGUGCAGGCAAUCUACAAGAUGGUUUCCUCUGUGAUGAAAAUGCCGGAAGAUGAGUCAACCCCAGAGAAAAGGACAGAAAAGAUCUUCCGCCAGAUGGACACCAAUAGAGAUGGAAAACUGUCCCUGGAAGAGUUCAUCCGAGGGGCCAAAAGUGACCCAUCCAUCGUGCGCCUCCUGCAGUGUGACCCGAGCAGUGCUGGCCAGUUCUGAGCCCCUCACCCCAUGGAACCUACGAGCUGCUUGUGUUUCCUUUGAUUCUUCCUUUUAACGUUUGGAGUUUUUUGUUUUGUUUUGCCAAAUACUGUUGAUGGUGAUGCUGUCCCCUGUGUGGCCAGAUGCGCCCUUCUCUGCGAUGCCCUCGCCUUCAGCUUCUUUCAUCAUGGCCACUUUGUGGGCAUGCCCUCAGCCCAUUGCGCUUGUGGACAGCAUGAACAGACUUUGUGGUGUUCGGUGUUCGACGACUUUUGAAUCAUUACUAUUAUUUUUUCUUUUGAUGCUAAUGUCCCUGUUCUAAAACAUAAGACUCCGGGGGGCAAGUGAAGGGAGUUUCAUCCAGCCUGUGCUGUGAUUCUAUUGCAAGCUUUGAGGGGCUUCGUUUGGAAGACAGAACUCCCCACCUGGGUCUGUUGUGCUAUUGAUGGCACCAGACGCUGGAUUCCCUAAGAACAAGUUCCCCUCUGGGGCAAGGCUGUUAAAGGAGCUGGGACAUCCCCUAUGGAGCCAUCUCCACCCUCUGCCCCAACAGGCUGUAGUUUCUUAAGCUGUGAACAUUUCAAAGGAAACAGAGGAGAGGGAAAAGACGGCUCGGCUAUUUUUUCCAUAGGUUUACACUAGUUGAGCUGAGUUUCUAUGGAAAUCAAACACAAAUGGCAACAUAUUCCAAAAACUAAACCCAUCUUGUUGCCGAUUGUGAUUUCAAAACAAAACAAAACUGCUGUAUAUAAAAUAGCGAGUAUUGCAGACCAAAUUAAGUGUUUUGCCUUGUAAAUGCAUGUUUAGUGAGCACUAAUACAAUCUUAUUACAGAAGACUGUUUUUAGUAGCUUAUUGUGAAGUAAGCCAACUAUAAAUGAAUGUUUAUGUCUUGUUUUAAAGUCAUACCUGUCUUUGCACAAAUUGUACCAGUCAGCAAGUAUAUUUUAUAUAUUCCAUAAAAGUACAAAGUAACCGUGACGAGGGCCCAACUUUGAUUUUGAAUGCUUUUCCAGUGUCACAGAGAACAGAAGCAGGGCAGGUUUAAUGGGGUUGUGUCAAUCAGAGCAUCAACCAGGAAGUUAAUGUGACUGAGAGGGGUCAGGUUGGUGGUUUGCCAGCUCAAUCCAGCAGCUCAUUGGUGGUGUGAGAUUGGUGGCGUGUUGUUCUUCUGAGGAGAUGGAUACUUCACAGACUUGAAAAAAAUAGCCUGAGUCCUUGGGACUUCCCAGGGGUUUAACCCACAUUCCUGGUGAGGGAGCCAUACCUGGAAUGUUCACUUUUUCAUGACCCCAGUGGCCCUUCAGAGUCAGAGGCAGGGCUGUCAUCUCAGUCACCAUAAGAAGGUAUGAGUGAAAGUGUCCACAGUAGCCUGCUCUGGGGAAUUCAACAGUAUUUUUCAUCACUGGAUUCUUUCAAUGCAGAUUUCUAUUUCCAAAAGUGACAAGAAAAUUUGAGUUGCUGUUUGAGCUGGCCAUCUUAUACACACUAAUUUGAAUUGAGGGCCAAGAAUAAAAACUGCUGGUUACAUGCAAGUCAUAGUCUCAUAAGCAGUUGGCAUGGGGAGGCCCAAACACUCAAGGAGGUAGGUGUGGGUUAGGUGGGGGAGACCUGCUCAAGAGAAGGCAGAGAGAGUCCUAUGGGUCUGUCUGCAGCCAGUUUGUAUGAUGGACCCAAAUAAAUCAAUUCUGUAGAGUGAAAUUUUGAACCUAGACUCAGUGUCAGUUGCUCAUGUUUUAUGCCAAAACCUACCAAAUUCCUCCAUGGGCCAAGCGGCAAAGUCUGUUUUUGAAAAAAAAUAGGGAAUUAACCUAAGUCAUGGAAUACAGAGGGGUGAGGAGAUCCAGCACAAUCUAUUGCUAAUACUUGGGAGUUGCAUCCACUUUUUCCUACUCUGGACCAAAGACCUAGUUCUCUUUUGAUGAGUGACAUCAGUUAACAUUGGAGAAACCUGACUGGGUUGCGACAUCUGGUUGAGCGAGACCCACUGUGUUUCCUAAAACCUAGAGCUGGAAUGAAGAGCAGAGGACUCCAGGUGUUCAGGAAAGAAACAGAGCCAGAUGCAUGGCUAAUGAACGCCACCAUCCCCAGAAGGAAUGGAGAUACUCCAGAUGCUGGCCAGUCACUGACCCUGUGUGUACUUUCUCCAAGGCUGUUUUUCUCCUCUUUCUCUUCCCCCUUCCCAGGAAGGCCUUGGCAUGUCUUGUCCAAUGCACUGAAGUUUGGUCAAGGCUCUGCACAGUACCCAGAAGGCUGAAUGCCUGAAGGUGCCUAUUGCUCCUGUGCUGGGCUGUUUAUCGUCUUUGCUAUUUUCAGGGACCUCUGGAAAUGACCCAAGUAAAGCCAGCCUGCAGUGUCCGAGGGACUGGAAUAAAUGGCUUAUGACCUGAAAGAUGCUGCAGAAUGUUCGACUGUUCAUACCUCACUUAAAAGUGGGGAAGAGGUGCUGUGGGUGCUGUCCCAUCCCAGUGAUAUGCCCCAUGGGGACUUUCCACAAGUGGAUUUAAUAUAUAAAUCAUAUCAUGUGUGGCCCCAUAUCAGUUGACUUUGUGUAGCUCUU